GUUGGUGUGAGAAAAGAGGAUGCAGAGGAUAGGGUUAGAUGGAGGCAGAUGAUUCGCUGUGGCGACCCCUGAAAGGGAACAGCCGAAAGACAAAGAAGAAGUUACAGGAAAGAAGUAAGACAACGCAAGUGCAAGAAUGAAAGGGAGAUGUGCUGCUUUACAUAAGAGAAGACACAAAUUCUACCUGCUCUUUGUGUCAUUGUCCAUUGUGUGUCUCCUGAAGUUUGUCUACGUAAAGGUCUCGUUGAAAAACCGAUUUUACGUCGAGCCCUAUGGAAUUACAGUAAGAUCAUCUAAUUCUCAGCCUAACAAAGAUGCCAUUGACUGCACUGCCAUUUAUCAGCUAGAUCCAGUAGAAAUUGGCAAGUCGUUGGAGAUAAGGCGCAGAGACAUUGUGGAUUUGGAUGAUGAGAGUGUUGUGUCCUUCACUGAGGACUGUUCAAAAUACCUAUUCGCAAGAGGUUACAAUGGCAUCCCUGUGACUAAUGAGGAGCGUGACUUUCCACUGGCGUACUCUUUAGUAGUGCAUAAGAAUAUGCCCAUGGUAGAGAGGAUUAUCAGGGCCAUCUAUGCACCGCACAACAUAUACUGCAUACAUUAUGAUCAGAAGUCCUCGAAAUCCUUUAUCGCCGGGGUAAAAAACCUGGCCAAAUGUUUCCCAAACAUAUUUAUCGCCUCCAAGCUGGAAUCAGUGCAGUAUGCGCACAUCACAAGACUCCGCGCAGAUCUCAAUUGCCUGUCGGACCUAAUGAGGUCAGAGGUCAAAUGGAAGUAUGCUAUUAAUCUUUGUGGGCAAGACUUCCCACUCAAGUCCAACUAUGAGCUGGUAAAGGAACUAAAAACGUUGAAGGGUGCAAACAUGUUGGAGUCGAGCCGACCCAGUGAGCUAAAGAGACAACGCUUUAGCUUUCAACACGAACUUAAAGACGUCCCAUAUGAGUAUCAGAAGCUACCUGUUAGAACUACAGUUGCUAAAAGCGCUCCGCCUCAUGACAUUGAAAUGUUUAUUGGAAGUGCCUAUUUUGUCCUUUCACGUGAUUUCGUCCAGUAUGUUCAGACUAGCCAGCUGGCAAAAGACUUCUUCGAGUGGUCAGCUGACACCUACUCUCCGGAUGAGCACUUUUGGGCUACGCUGGCACGAGUGCCUGGAGUGCCCGGAGAGAUCCUAAGGUCGGAGGCCGAUGUUACCGAUUUGAAGAGUAAAACCCGUCUAGUAAAAUGGAAUUAUUUGGAAGGGUCUUUGUACCCCCCUUGCACUGGAACACACAUGCGUAGUGUUUGCAUUUAUGGUGCUGCAGAACUCAGGUGGCUCUUGAACUAUGGCCACUGGUUUGCAAACAAGUUUGAUCCCAAAGUGGACCCUGUCCUCAUUCAGUGUCUUGAGGAAAAACUUGAGGAAAGUAAAAUUCAACAUGGGUUAAGUACAGUCUCUUAAAAGAUGGACCUUUAUUACAGUAUAUGCACCAAGUUUUUGGGCUUGUUUGUACAUGUUUCUGACCAAAACUGUAUUGCCCCUAUUUUGAGACAAAAAAAGGUUAGAGUCUCUGUUAAAUGUGAGCAAAACAAUUAAUGCAUUUUGCCAUUGAAACUGAAACUUAUGACCUCAAUGACUAUUUAAAGUGCCUUUUAACUCUUGUGUGUCUUUCUUUUUGUGUUACAAAAGAUCUAUGGAACAUCUUAUUAAAAAGCACAUUUAUAGAGUACCCAA